AUGUACCAAUUUUCAUCUGAUCAUAAAUGUAUUAUCCAGCUGAAGGAUUUCCUCUUAAAGAUGUGCCACGAUAAGUAUGUAAUUGGUGAGUUGAGAUUGCUUUUGGGAGAGGAAGGGCAGAAUGUUGGCCUGUUGGUUUCUCAGCGUGUGCUGAAGCGGCCGCCUCAGGUUUUGCCUCCUAUUUAUGAUGGACUUUUUGAUGAAAUUUCAUGGGCUACUGAAGAUGAGCCAACAGAAGAGCUCCGAAAUUCCUUCUGCUUCAAAUAUUAUAUUCUAGUCAGUAAAAUUUACAAGCUUAAGAAUGAAAACUCGAAAAAAAGGUCAAGUGGGUCAACUGAUGAGGAAAUAAUAUAUAUUAAACAAGAAGAUGAAAUUUUUCACCAGCUUAGUCUCUGGUCCUUCAUUUUUCCCUUGCAUAUUCACCAGGUUACAACUCAUGAGCUGCGAAAUUACCGGUUAAUGGGAUUAGUCAUGGCCAUAGAGGCAGAUAAGAUUCCUUCAUUCCGGCAGCAGUUGAAGUCUUUUAUAGAUGAAUCCUUAAACCCAUGAAAGGGCAACAGGCGUUCUUGUGAUUAUUAUGAUUUCCUUGUGCUAAUGGAUGGAUUACCUGUUUCAGAGUAUGAAGUUUUGUUACGCGGCAAGAAUAUUUCCUCGACUACAGACAGGGUUUAAAUUAA